CUGACUUUUAUUUUAAGUGUACUCUGUAUGGAUGAAGCCCUUUUUAGUUGGUUAAACAACUUUUUUUCCCUCCAUCUCAUGUGGUUGGGCUGUAUUUAUGUGCCCAUGCGGCAUUUUGUACAGCAUAAAGUGUAACAUUCGAGCAGAAAGCCCACGUGACUUUGCAGACAUGUUUCUUUCUUGGAAGCACAUGCCAAAUGUUAUCAUAUAUGACUUUGCAUGUGGGUUAGCAACCCACAUGACCCUUAGAGAACCAGAAAGUUUGCCUUUCAAACCUUUUGAAGGACGGUUAAGCCCCCCAACUCCAGACAACAUAGCCAAAGCCAAAGAUGGGAAACUGAAGGUCUCACUACCUUGGCUGAAUUGUAAAAAAAUUAUUCCAGACCCUGAUGGCCAUCCAGUGACUGGUUCAGCAGAGCAUUAUGCUCUGUAUGAUCGGUUCCACGGGGACAAUACAAAAGAUCCCCGUGAUGUCCUGCGAAAGCUUCGCACAGUCCCACAACUGGCUGGAAAAGUAAAGAGUCAAGUUGCAGAACAGCUAUUUUCCAGAAUGAAGAAAAAUAAUUACUUUUUAAACAUGGCUUUACCUUCAACACAUCUGUUCCUUAUGAGGAAUAUUAUACACCAUCAUAACACGUACAGAAAUGAACAACAUCUAGGCAACAUAAAAAGGGCUUUUGGAAAUGAUGUCACAAUGAAAAGGCACAGUCAGGCAGUG